CGAAAAAGAAAAAACCAACCGUGGUUGCUAGGUAGCGUGUCCCGGGGUGGUAAUUCAUGAAAGGGCCGCUGGUCUUCACGUCUUAGCUCAAAAUAAGGUAGGGCUGUACAGCGAAUGAGGGGAAAGAACAGUGUCUGUUUAAAUACGUAAAUCUGGCAGUGCUCAGCGUUAAUUUUUGUGGCGAAUUUUCAAGCAUUCGGCGAGUUACCGUGUUUACCAAGUGGACCUGUCAUGACAUAACUGGCUGCUUUGUAGUUCAGCUAACUAUAGCUACACGUGAAGAUCAUGUAAAGGUGUACAUUGUAAUUAUGUAAUAACACAACAGUGAACUGUACGUCUAGUUGAAUCGGCGCUCUAAGUGUGCAUCCGUUUUCCAUUCUUCAUUCUACACGGUGAUGUAGUUUGCAGAGACUUGUUUUAAAAGACUGCGUAGGUUUAAUACUGCGCACGAAAGUAUGUGAUAUAUAAAACUGUUCUUUUUCAACCCUGUGCAAAUAUUCUUAUCAUAAAACAUCUCACUGGAAAUUGAGUGCACGUGCAUAAGCAUCGUAUUAACUCUGGUUAACCCCCCACAAUUAACCAUACAUGUUUAAUGAAACGGCCUUUAUGAAUGCGCCUUGCAUAUAAAUUGGACAGUCCUGUAACAGUUUUUUUUUUGCAAGAAGAUGGCACUGUUGCGACACAAGUGCAAAAAGAAGAAUUUCACAGAGCGCGAAAUUGAAGUUCUUUUGGGCGAGGUGGAGAGGAGACGUAGCAUACUGUUUAACGGCGUCAGCAUGGGCGUCAGCAACAAGAGGAAGCGCCUGGAGUGGCACAGGGUCUGCGCCGCCGUGAACGCGUCCAGCGCCGUGAACCGCUCCGCGGGGGAAGUUAAGAAGAAGUGGUUCGACAUCAAAGUGCAGGCCAAAAAGCGCAUAUCGGCGCACAGGGAAAGCGUGGGUGUGGGCGGGUGGUGCGUGGGAGCUCCGCCGCUCUCCCCGCUGGAUGAGCGGUUGGCGUCGAUCAUUGGGGACAUCCACAUGAGCGCAAUGCUACCGCCACUGGAUGAGUUCACUGAAAUGGCCGAAUCCACUGCAGUGAAAACAGAGUCGGAGGAUCAGAAAAUGGGUGUGCCGGGGGCCGAGGAGGUGCCGGAGAGAAGUGAGGAGGCGCAGGAGGGAAGCGAGGAGGUGCAGCAGGAGGAAGACAGCGCGCCCGGGCCCAGCAGCGUCUCCGGUGCGGGGCGUGGUCACGCAAGCGGGGACGACGCCGCCGUCCGGACGCAACGGGACCUCAUCAGAUCCAUCGACAACGUGACCUCUGAACUGAAACAUAUCGGAAACGUCCUAUGCCAGAUAUGCUCCACAUUAAAAGAGCUAGUUAAAACAUACACUGUUGUUUUUUAAAAUUUAUUUAUUUAA